UAUUUUGGAUAUCAUGGAUUUGGAGGGCGACCCCCAUAUUAUUCAGAAGAGAUGUUUGAACAAGACUUUGAGAAGCCCAAAGAGGAAGAUCCCCCCAAAGUAGAGAGUACCACCGCAGCCCCUCCAACGAACUCCACGGUUCCUGAGACCAAUUCAACUCAAGCAACUGUCCCUGUCUCAGGAGGGAGUCAAGGUGGAAAUGAGACCAGCACAACAGGGAAUGAAGCUGAAGUGCAGAACCCUGGGAUCAACUUGGCUCCUGCUGUUAAUGUCUCUGGCCAAGACGGACCAGGAAGUCAGGUUCCCCCUGGCCCAUAUCAGCCAACUAUUCUUGAAAACUCUCCAAAUCCUAAUUUAAGAGGCUUUCCCAUAAGCAGACAAUGGAGUCAAACAAGCUUCCCUGUAGGACCUAGACUGAUGGGCCCUUUUUAUAGAAAUUAUCCCAAUCAAAGGAGCUACCAAUGGCCCAGUUUAGCUUAUGUAAGCAAGCAAAUAGUUCGCCCAGGAAACACAGCUUACCAAAAAGUUUAUCCUUACAUUUCUAAGAGCAAUUCUCCUAAUCAUGUAUCUAAUCCAGCAAAUAACAGAAAAAAACCCCAGGGUCCAACCAAACAACCUGAAGAAAUAAAUGGUGGGUUAGCAGGUCCCAAGCUUGGCACUGCCCAUAAAGAGGAGCAGAUUCAAAACCCCAAAGAGAAUUCAGUAACCCAGAGAGAAAGAAUAACCUUUCCUACAAGGGAUCCAACCAGCACCUGGAGAAACUCACAAGGUUAUGAAACCAACAAAUCAAAUUAUAAAUUAACUCCUCCACAGGGCAGCCCUUCAGUACCAAGUGUCAAUUCUGUUGACCAGCCUGAAAAUUAUUACCCCAGGGUAGAUUCCAGGAGAUUCCCAGCUAGUAUUCAAGCAUCAAAUUUUCCCAAAGGAAUAGUUUCAGAACCAAGAAAAGGUCCCUCUGACUCUGAAAUUAAUCCACCAGAAAUAAAACAUGGAACCCACCAGACUGAUGAAGGUCCAUAUCCUCCAAAAGAAUCCUUUUUUCUGAGAAGCAAUACAUGGAAUCUCCAAAAAGGAUCUCCAAUUUUUGAGGAUGAACCUACAAAACAGGAAGGAUCUUUACUCUAUCCAGCCCUUGGAGCAAGAGAAAAUGUUCCCUACCCUGAAUACGUGCCCUAUGAUCCCCAGAGGAGCUCUCUUUAUGCCAGAGGUAAUAUGUGGGAUGAAGGAGAUGAGUUUCCUGGCACUUUCAGACCAGCAGGUCAACCAGGAAAUCCAUUGCACUCCCUGAAUUCUCCUUCAGGUCAGAGACAUCGGUCAACUGACAAUGAAGAGGAUCCAAUUGACCCAACGGGUGAUGAGUUUUACCGGGGACCUGAUGCAGGGGGUAAGGAAUCCAACUUCAAAGGAAGUCAAGUUAGGUACCGUGAAAGAUACCCAUAUGCCCCCAGUCAUCCAUCCAAGCCAAAGGAAUACCCCCAACAUUCCACAGAUAAUUUAGAAAGACAAAGAAAUCCGUCUUAUGGUGAAUAUUAUCCCUGGCACUUUCCACCUUACAAUUUUGCUCCUCCUCUAACACCACCAAGAGAAAACAGUGGUUAUUAUUAUCCUCCUAACGCCUUGGAACAAGAAGAGAGUACACCAUCUCCAUCUUGGGGGUCAUGGGACCAAAAGAAUUAUGUCCCAGCAAAAAAGGGAAGAAUACCAUAUUAUAAUAGAUAUUUCUGGGAUCAAGCCACCAAUUUACACAAAUCUGCAGCAAGUGCCCUGGAGCAGAGAGAACAUCAACCCUAUUCCAGUAGUUUUCCAGCUGGGCUUAGAGGAAGCCUAACAUACCAAGAAGCAGAGAAUCUGAACUAUGACAGUGUACACAAUAACAGGAUAAAUACUCCUGAAAAAGGACAGUUUCCUGUCACUGACUCUGUGAUUCAAAACAACCUGAUAUAUCAAGGCGAAGUAUAUUCAUAUCCCUCAGCCAGCCAAAGAAGUCCCUGCUGUGCUGGUGAAUCCCCAGAGCCCAGAGAAAGCCCUCUCAUUUCCCUCGAUUACUCUCCACCCUUUGGUCUUGUUUCAGGAGAUGAUGGAGAAAGAAAUCCCCCAACUACGGAGGGCAUCCACAUGAAGCAUGCGAGGCACAUCAUCUACUCCACAGACAUCCAACCCAACCAAAGAAAUAGUUCAGAGAAAAAUCUAUCUGAGAAAGGAGCAAAUCCAGACCCUUUCAGGGCUGACACAGCCAUGUUGAAAAAAAGCUCACCUUGUUCUAAAAGGAGCCCAGCAGGCCAGACAGAAAGCGUGCCUUUUUCUGAAGCUGACUCCCUCCAAGCAAACAUGCCCUGCCGCAAAAGUAACCUUAGAGGAGAAGGGAACAAUGUUCUUGCAAAAAUCUUGGGAGUCAACCAGUUCAAUGCAAGAACCAGUAACCUUAUCCCUGAGGAACUCGAGGCUCCUGAAGAAAAUCUCGGGCCAGAAAAUAUCCAAAGUGAAGGGGGAGGAAGUGAGGGUCGUGUGAAACAGAAAGGAGUGCCUAAUAUCCAGAAGGUGCCAUGCCUCCACUCUAAACUAAAGGACCACCUCCUUUCCAGCACAGGUGCUCCACUUGGCAAGAGGAGACCAGGCCUGUCCACUGGAGAGCCAGUCAUGGUCUCUGCCCAGCCCAGCAGCACAUUGACUGGAUUGACAGCUAGGGAGCAGCUUAGUGGUACAAAUAUCGACCCACUCGUUGCCUCAGAGCCACCUCUUUCUUUUCCAUCUCUUUCAAUCCCAAAGAAUGCAGAGUUUCAGGACUGCCUGCUGCUCCACAGCUAGGGAAGAUAAUUGGCACCUUAGAGCAGUAGUUCCCAAACUAAAUUUUGCAUCACCAGGAUCAAAAUCUAUCUUGUGACCAACUCCCACCAGACACCCAACAUUUCCUAGUCACAGCAGCUUUGGUGGUGUUAGGGAAAAUCCUUCACAGAAGUCCAGGAUGUGAGUUAUCCAGGAAUAGCUGGAUCUUGUACUCACGCAGCAAAUUGCAGGGGCACAACUGGCCAUGAAGGCUUACAGAGGCCCAUCUUACCUGUCCUAAAUACUCUUUGCUUGCUUUGCCCAUUUCUGUGAAGAAGCAACAUUUGCAAAACAGUUCGCUUUUGCAAGAAUUGGAAGCCUAAGGACUCUCCAUUUGAUUGUGGAACUCUCCACUCAAUCUAGUCUGAUCUGUGUGCUUUUCACUUUUUUUUUUAAUUUGGGUCUUUGUUGGAAUGUUUCCCUAGUUCUCUCUAAUUUAAGGUUCUCUUUGUGGCAUGAGAAACAAUGUGGCAUGGUAGACAGAGAGUUGGUCUUGAAGCCAGGAAGGCCUAGAACCAAGUUGUGCCCCUCAUUUAUCCAGGAUCUAUGACCCUGGGCAAGUUAACUUUUCAGUGCUCUCUAGACAAUUCUUUAGGGCUAUAAAUUGCAGAGAAGGUGCAAACCUCCAUUCAUGGAAAGAAUUUCCUCACCCAGGAGUUCCUUAUGCAAAUAAAAUCAUAGGUUCAGUCCCUCUCCCUAACCCUUGAGCAUGCUCUUUCCCCCUAUCUCCCUAUUUCUUGACUCAUCUGAAAUUUUCCUCUUCUAUCUCUCUCAAAUUUUCUUUCUUCCCUUUCCAGUUUCCCCCCAUCUUUCUUCCUUUGUAUCAUGAUUUUCAUAGUUCUUUCUACCUUAAUACUGACUUCCUUCUUUAACCCUAUGGCCUGCCCUUUUUUUAGCUUUUCUUCUCCCAGCCUUCUAUUCAUUCACUACAUUCUGUCCUUUUACCACUCCAUUGAAACCAAAAAGAAGGUUCAACGGCUGAGAUGGCGAUGCAGCAAAGCACUGUGGAGUGCUUAGGGCGUGUUGGAGCACAAAAGACAACACGGCCAUCCAAUGCAGCUGAGGAAGUCUCCAGGUGUAACGAUUUUUUGUGCCACUGGACCCAGGCUUCCAACGCCAAGUGGGACUGUCUCUGUGCAUUGACUUUUCCACUUAAAUCUCCUUCACGCACAAGUGUCUUUGUGCAUACUCAUCUACAUCACAGAUGAAAGCGCACAAAGACAAUCGUCAUCCUCGGUUACCGAGAGACUACUACUACUACUACAUCUCUCUCCACUAUAACUCCAUUCUUCUUCUCCACUCAUUCCUUUCCCGAGUGCCUCACCUCUGCAUGUUUCAUUGAUUUUUUAGAAUCUCCUCUUCUUUCCCAAUUUUUCCCCCUGCUCAAUUACUGCUAUCCGGAUAUUCAAUGGCCCCAAAUAAACCAGGAUAGUUAUCCAGUGACGGCUGGAUCUUGUACUCACAUGGAAAAUUUCAGAAGCACAGCAGGCCAAGCAGGCUUAGAGAAGCCCAUCUUACCUGUCCUAAAAACUCUUUUGCUUGUAUUAAUUUUCCAUUUCUGUGAAGAGGCGACAUUUGCAAAACAGUUUGCUUUUACAGAAAAUGGAAGUUUGAGUGUGGAAUUCUCCACUUGGUCUAUGAGUACAUUUCAGGAAAAAUGAGACACUGAACUUCUGGUUUUCCUUUCAGUUUUGUGAUACCAUCUUUAAGGUAGACCCUUGAAAGAAGAUGUCCUGGAGAGUGGUGGAGGGAAAAUAGGCUUGCUCCAAAACUAGCCUUUCUUUCUUCCUGAGAGGAGAGGAGCUGGGCGAUUCCAAAGGAGCUCUCUAGAGGCAAGGCUUAGUUAGGAGAGGAGAUGAAGGAUGGAAGAGGUGGCCACUUUGGGACCAAGUGUCUUGUCCCAGACUUCAGAGAUGUCUUCCUCUCCAAGUGACUCACUCACACUCUCCAGGAUUCUGGAGCACACAUUUUGGGAAACACUGUCUGAGAUCAAUCAGAUAAUGCCUUGUCACAGAUAAAAGGCUCUGUGGGAAUCAGAUUAUGAUACUAGGAACAUUAAGGAUAGCCUCUCUUUGCAUAGAACAGUCAUUCCCAGGCACACUGUCUUAUUCUGCUGGUUAUGUAGUAUAAAAAUGUGAUGUCCACUAGACGUCACUAUAUAAUUUUAUUUUGAUAUUAUGGAUUUUGAGAUUAAUGGCACUUUGAACCAUGGAAAAGAUCCGUCUUGCCUAAAAGGACAAUGGAAACACGUGAAUUACUCAAGAGCAAGUGUUAUCUGAGUUACGGAAUUGUUUCCAUUUUAAAUAUGAUUCUGAGAAAGCUAGUCAUCAGAAGAAAAACCAACUCACUGCAUACAUUUCUCUGGCAAGCUCGGGAUUUUGUAAAGCACUUAGUACAGUGCCUGUUAUGGUCGGUGCUUAAUAAAUGCUUAUUCCUCCUCUGCCUCUAUUAAGAGUGUAGUAUUAGAUUCAUGAGAGAUUAGAAAAUGCCAUGUUAUCCUGGAAAUGUCAAUGUUUCUACCUUUGUAUUUGUACAGCACUAGAAUUGUAACAUCUUUGGGGGCAGGGAUUUUGUCUUGUAUUUUUUUAUACCUAUAUCACCAUACACAUAGUAGGUGCUUAAUAAAUAUUGGUUAGUUAACUGAUUUGAUUGACAAUCUUCUUUCAAACCACCUGAUGUUCUGUUCCUCCUUUUGGUGAAAAUUGCCAGUGUUCAAAGGAAUCUGGGAGACUGAAUGAACCAUCAUAUUCUCUGAAUCUCUGUAUGUUACACCACUGAGUCUGGUCUUUUUAUCACCAGAGGAACAGAAAGACUAAAGAGUCUUGACUUUGGAGGGUAGAAGACCUGGGUUCAAAUCACUUCUGUUUCUUAAUAUGAGCCUCAGAUUUCUCCACUGUAAACUGGUGGAACUAACUGAUUUUUUUUUUUAACCCUUACUUUCUACCUUAGUCAUACUGUGUAUUGGUUCCAAGGCAGAAAGAGUUAGGUAAUGGGGGUUAAGUGACUUGCCCAGGGUCACUCAGCUAGGAAGGAUAUGAGGCCAGAUUUGAACUUGGGACCUCCUGUCUCCAGAUCUGGCUCUCAAUUCACUGAGCCACCCAGCUGCCCCCAAACCAGCUGAUUUUUAGGGACCCUUAAGGGUGAAAGGUAUGCUAAUAAACGCUAGUAAAUUUUCCUUUAAGGGAGCAAAAAUAUGCUCAACAAAGUUAUUUACUUUGUGUUAUUAGCAUUUUCUAAAUUGCUUUCUUAAUUCUAAAACCAACAAAAUAAUGACAGCUCUGAUUUGUAGCUUUUGACCAAUUUCUGAUAUGUAAAUGCUUUUAAAAAAAACUGAAAAUUCAAUGAACAUGGCAAGUGAGUCCCUAUGAGUUGCCUCCAGCAUUCCCAUUCCAGCUCUACAGAUAUGCUCCUAAUAUUUAUUCUUUGGUAACUAGGUGGUGUAGCAAAUAGAGCAGGAAGACCUGAGUUCAAAUACGGCCUCAGACAUUUCCUAGCUUUUUAACCCUGGGCAAAUCACUUCACCCAGUUUGCCUCAGUUUCCCCAUUUGUAAAGUGAGCUGGAGAAGAAAAUAGCAAACCACUCCCAUGUCUUUGCCAAGAAAACCCCAAAUGGGGUCAUGAAGAGUCAGACACAAUGGAAACACCUGAACAAGAGUUAUUCUCGAGGAGCACCCUGCCCUGCUUUAAUUGUUACAUAUCACCAAGAACUCCCCCAAAAUGCUUUCCUUCACUUUUUCUUUUCUUUUCUCAGCAUUUCUUUACCAAGUGAUAUUUUUAAAUCUCUUAUUAUAAAUAUGUUCAUUCCAUUAUUUUUACUUCAGAAAAAUGCAACCAAGAGAGAAGCCAGGCAAGUUGCUAUAGAUGUACAUAUAGUUAGAAAAUGGGAUCCUAUUCAUCUUUUUCUUCCUUUAUUGAUGCCUUUUGGUUUUUUACUCCAUUGUCUAUUCCCCAAUAUGCCCACCACCACUAACACUCUUCAAUCUUCCCUUGGAACCAAGAAAAAUAGUUUGGUAACACAGCCACCACAUCUGAGGGCAUAUGAGGGUUCCACACCCAAAACUCUCGCUUCCCCCAUCUGUACCCAGAGGAAGGAAAUCUAUUUCAUCUCUUCUCAGUGACCAAGAUUAGUCACUGCCAUUAAUCUGAGUCUGACUAACUCUCAGGGUUCUUUUUGUUUAUACUAUGGGGAAUAGUCAUACUGAUCUCUGAAGUAAACUGAAAAAAAGGUCUUUCCAUACUUCUUUCAAGAAUAUAUGAAAAAGCACUAUAGGGGUGUUUUUCUGUCUUUGCAUUUUGGGUUUGAAUUCCUCCCUAGAGCAAGUCAUUUCACUCCACCAUCCACCUCAUAGAGUUAUCUUAGGAAAGUAUUCUGUGCACUUUAAAAUGCAUUGUAGAGGGUAGUUGGGUGGUUCAGUGGAUAGAGAGCCAGGCCUAGAGAUGGGAGGUCCUGGGUUCAAAUCUGACCUCAGACAUUUCCCAGCUGGGUGACCCUGGGCAAGUCACUUGACCCCUACUGCCUAGCCCUUACCACUCUUCUGCCUUGGAACCAACAUGUAGUGUUGAUCACUACGUAGUAUUGAUUCCAAGGCAGAAGCU